UUUUCAGAACAUUUAUUAUGGUUCUACGCAAUGGUAGCGCGUUAUCAGAAUCUUUGGCAUUGAGUGCAGCUUCCGAUGAACCUAGCACUUCACAACCAAUUCGUGUGGAUGAAUUAGACCAUUAUGAUGAAGAUUGGAUUAGACCAUUCCCCUUGAAAGAUGGAGUUAAGAUUCGGAAAGGAGAGAAAUUCUCGGAUUAUUAUACACUCUAUGAGGAGAUUGGUGAAGGCAAAUUUGGAAAGGUCUAUAGAUGCAUUGAAAAAGCAACAGGACUAACUUUGGCAGCUAAAUGUAUCAAAAUUCGAAAAGAUACCGAUUUUGAGAAGGUUGAGAAGGAAGUCAAUAUAAUGACACAAAUGAGGCACAAAUGUAUAGCCCAAAUAUAUGAUGCAUUCGCAACUGAUUCAAACGAUGUGAUUCUUAUAAUGGAAAUUGUACAAGGUGGUGAACUGUUUGACCGUGUAGCUGAUGAUAGCUAUAUUUUGACGGAAAUGGCUGUAGCUCUAAUAAUGUUUCAAAUUUGUGAGGCAAUUCGCUACAUUCACAGUCAAAACAUUAUUCACUUGGAUUUAAAACCAGAAAAUAUUAUGUGUGUCUCUCAAACGUCUAACAAAAUUAAACUUAUAGAUUUUGGGCUUGCACAAUGGUAUGAUGGUAGCAAAGAUUUAAUGUUUAUGGCUGGAACUCCUGAGGCAAAUAAUUUUUUUAUAAAUUAA